AUGAAGACGUCUCUUCGACUCUUGAAUGCAAUUGGCCGCGCUUCUCCGAGAUCGCAAAGCACCAGCUUUAUCGGGCUAGGUCGUAUGGGGCACGAAAUGGCCUACAAUCUGUUCUCCAAACAAUUUGCGCAGGCCAACGAGUCUGAAUUCGUGGUCUGUGAUGCUAUCCCGGAAUGUGCUCAGAGCUUUCGCUCAAACUUCAUGAAACAAUACCCCGGUGCCAAGAUCAACGUCGCUAACACCCCAGAAGAGGCGACUCUAGCUUCUCAGACAAUCAUUACUAUGCUACCUUCCUCGCCUCAGGUUCUGAGUGUGUAUAACAAUGGUAUAAUCCCGAUACUUCGAAAGCUCCCCACAGAUCAAACACACAACACCCUUUGUGUUGACUGCACUACUCUCGAUGUAGAUGUUGCGCGUUCCGUGACAAAGGAUGUCACUGAGACCGGAUCGCAAAUGGUUGACGCACCCGUUUCUGGAGGUGUAACCGGUGCGAAAGCUGCAACGCUUGCAUUUCUCGUCGGCGGAACGAUUGCGGCCUUCAAGCAAGCGCAACCAACUCUAGCUCUCAUGGGACAGAGAAUCAUUCAUUGUGGACCUUCUGGUGCCGGUCUGGGUGCAAAAAUAUGCAACAACCUCGUCUUAGGUGUCCAACAAAUUGUUGUGGGCGAAGCGAUGUUGCUGGGUAUAAAGUUAGGCCUUGAUCCGGCAGUUCUUUCCAGCGUAAUCAGCUCGUCAACUGGGAAUUGUUGGUCUAUCUCGGUUAAUAAUCCAGUUCCUCGUGCUUUGCCCGAGAAAUCGCCACCAUGUGAGAGAGACUACGAAGGAGGAUUCGCCUCGGCUCUGAUGCUCAAGGAUAUGGGACUUGCCAGUAAUGUGGCCGCCAUGGCUGGAUGUCCCAUUCCCUUGGGACAGGCAGCCGAGGCGUUAUAUGCACAGAUGAUUGAGGAACAACCAGAGUUGGCGCGGAAAGACUUUUCGUCCGUAUACAAAUUUCUGCAAAAAACAGCGGAGGAAAGAAAGGCGGUCAAACUGGGCGUAGUAUCACCGUGA